AUGGAGUCCGAUCUAUAUCACAUAAAUGCAACGUCAUUACCCUUCAGUUUUCCUUUUUAUAAUAAAAAUUAUCGAAAUGUUUGGAUUAAUCCAAACGGUGCAUUUUCAUUCAGUGAUCGUUAUAUUCCUCCGUAUACUUUUAAUUGGAAGUAUGCCUCAUUUCCACUUGCCGAUCAGACUCCAACGAUUGCUGGCUUUUGGAGACUGACCGAUUCUACAGAAGCCGUUCUUUGGUUCUCUAACAGCACAUUGUCGAAUACACCGACUAGCUAUGCCACUAGAUUUCAAACAUCCACGUACGCAGCAACUUCUAUCACAAGUCAAUUAGGCCGUUUCACUAGAUUUCAAGCAUCAACGUACUCGGCAACUUCGAUCACAAGUCAACCAGACAGUCUGCGUACGACUGGCAGGUAUUAUCAAAUUCACACGACUAAUAAGUCCAAUAAGACACUUGUUCAAGCAGCCAUGCUGGUUAAUCAUCAUUUUCCAAAUGAGAAAUUAUUUUCUCCAAAAAUGGUCCUCACCGGUACAUGGUCUCAGACUCAAUUAUUCGAAGACAGUGAGGUAGAUAGAAUCAACACAUUUCAGAUCGUGGCGAUGACCGAUGAGCAGCGUACUUUUACAUUUCUUUUCUAUAACAAAACUCAAUCAGCAAACAAUACGAAUUUCACUAUUUUAGUUGGUUUUAACGCUGGUGAUGGUACGCGAUCCUACUCUCUGCCUUAUCGAGAAAAGGCACUUGCGUACGAAAGUAAUGUAAAUGUUUCCGGUCUGUUUGCCUUCCGAACUGAUACUUAUAGUAUUCAAGUAGCCGGUUGUCAAAGCAGUGGAGAAUCGUUUUCAUUUUAUCCUAAACGUGGGUCACAAUUUGGAGGUACUGCUAUAGACAUAACAAGUGACAGAUGUUUUCACUCCAACAUCACAUGCAAGUUUAACUCAUCUAUUAUUGUCCAAGGAUUUGUUUUAAAUGAGGUUGUUGCACGCUGUUUAACGCCGUUUUCGUCUAUAGCCGGGUUAGUGAAUCUAUCGAUCUCAUUAGAUGGUAACUUAACAUUUUUAUCUAUUGGAGAGUAUCAAUAUAUGCAGUUAAAAAUCGGUUCUGAUGAAGUGACACUAACGAGCUUACCAUUGCUAGAUACCAUAUCACUUCAAUGGAUAUUUCCGUACACGAUGGAGCAAACGUUUCCUAAUUCCACCACACUUAAUAUAGACUAUUGGGAAAUAACUGUAAGAACUUUCAUCAUACAACUGACUACUGUUAUACCUAUUAAAAGCAAUCUGUCCUACGCUACGAAUUCCUUAUCCAUCAGUGCAUCGUCUGUUACUGGUUCGACGGGCAUUAUACGGGUGACAGCUCGUUAUAACAAUAUCACGUACGGUAGCUUGAACACUGGUGUUCUCGUGCUGAAUACGUCGGUAACGGCACAAUAUUGUUCAUCAUGGAUCUCUCAGCAGCCAAGCGCUUCAUCAUGGAAUUCUCUUUGGUUCCCUUGUCCGAUGACUCUCACUCAUGCUUAUGCGGCUACUUGGGAAUUUCAAGAAGAUUCUGAGUGUUGUUGGUUAAAUCAAGGACGUUCAGAAUUCUACGAGAUGAAUGCCAUAAAAUGUUUUAGCUCAACCGGGACAAAUGAGUAUAAAGCGUCAGCUCAAUGUUGUUAUGAUCGUACUGGUCAAAUAAUUUCUCGUGGAACGGGUGCUGGUCGCGAUGCGCAUUAUCAGCCAUUAAACUAUCCCACUGAAAAUUUCUUUGCCGAUGUACUACCUUUUAUUUCUUGUUGUAAAGUGUCUGUGGAUAACAACUUGUGUAAUGCUUUUCUAAAAUUACGGCCCACUCGUCGCGGAAGCAUAAAUCACGGUCUGCAGGGACCUCAUGGUGCUUCAGGCGGAAUUUGGGGAGAUCCUCAUUAUAUGACGUUAGACGGAGCAUUUUACACAUUCAACGGUUAUGGUGAGUACAUUUAUUUGGCUAUUUCAAACGUAUUUAUGUCACAAGUUCGUACCAUUCCACUCUCAAAUAAAGUAGCUACGAUCACUAACGCAUUUGUAGCAAAAUCAAAUGAGACUAAUGCGAAAUCUGUUAGUGUGCGCGUAUCUCGGCGCCAGAUAUUAGUCUAUCGUGACAAUAAACUGUUGAAUACAGGCGAAACCGCUUUUUUGUCGUUUCCCGAGAUGACUAUCAAUAGAAAUGUCACCAGUCAAGCGAUUACGUUGACUUGGCUGAUUGGUGUCGCUUUUCAAAUCACACGUGUUAACAUUACGACACUUAACCCAGGAUUAGUUUUGAAUGUAGCAGCCGCAAUAUCGGGGAAAUACAUUGAUAAAAUAUACCGUUUACUCGGUUUCUUUGACGGUAACUCAGCAAAUGACUUUAGAUGCCUUAACGGCACAACUCUCCCUAGCAACUCGAGUGAAAAAGAGAUUCAUGAUGAAUUUGGUAGAUCAUGGGCGAUUGAUCCAAACUUAACAUUGAUGAAUUAUGAUGAUCUGAGAGGUUCUACUGUCAUGUUCUACACAACGAAAAACAAGGAAACAACAUAUAUAAAUUCAAAUGUGAUGGAAAGAAAUGAAACUCGCAAUGUCUGCAAGAUAUCAAGUAAAAUAAGAGAUUUUUCGCCGAAAUUGUUGUAG